AUGCCGCGUGUAUAUAAACCCGAUCCUACAAGGAAAAGGUAUAAAAAAUAUAGCAUAGAAAUCAUAAAAAAAGCUGUGGAAGAGUAUGCAUCUUCUCGGAAUUUAAAACUAGAAGAUGUUGCAAAAAAAUAUGGCAUUCACAAAUCGGUGUUGUAUCGCCACAGUACCCGGGAUAUGAAGCAACAUGGAGGCCAAAGAGCUUUAUCCGACGAAACAGAAAUGUUGUUAAUAGAGAACAUCAAUAAAUGCGCAGAAUGGGGUUAUCGCUUAGAUACAUUGGAUCUUAGGUACAUAGUCAAGAUGUAUCUUGAUAAGAUAGGCAUAAUCCAUAAGAGAUUCAAGGACAAUUUUCCAGGACCUGAUUUUGUGCAGAGCUUUUUAUUAAGACACAAAAAUGAGAUUUCGCAAAGAGUUUGUGAAAAUAUCAAGCGUGUGAGAGCUAAGGUGUCUCCAGAUACGAUUAAAGAAUAUUUUAUCGAACUUGCGAAGUCUUUAAAUGGAGUACCUGCUUCUAACAUAUUAAACUACGAUGAAACGAAUUUAACGGACGACCCCGGGCGGAAGAAAAUAUUAAUCAAGCGGGGAUGCAAGUACCCUGAAAGGGUUCUGAACCAUACCAAGGCUUCCGUGUCUAUUAUGAUGGCUGGUACCGCAGAUGGCAAAAUGUUACCACCAUAUGUGGUAUAUAAAGCAACUCAUUUAUAUGAUUCUUGGAUUCAACAUGGCCCAGAAGGUACUCGAAAUAACAGGUCGACAUCUGGAUGGUUUGAAGGAACCACUUUUGAGGAUUGGGUGCAAAAUAUGGUUUGCAAGAGACGCGUGCCAUUGCGAACAACCUGCUAUAAUGCAUUUUUAUUUAUAUCGUGCAGCAACAUGGACGACUCCAGUAAAUUGCAGCAGAUGCAGGAUGAAAUGUCCCGAUUCGAGGCAGAGAUCUCAGGAUCGGACAUGGUGGCAAUUCGACCCGUGAUAGGGGCUGGCACGUUUGGUGCUGUACAGCAACAAUUAGAACGUGCAAUGCCUCCCCCACCGCCACCACCCACUUUAAUGCAAGGAUUUGAAGCUUCUAUGAUGGGAGCUCGAUUAAUGUACCCCACAGUACCACCACCACCUCCUCCCCCGUCAAUGAUGGUACCUGCAUCUGUUCAAAGACUCCGGCCUCCAGGUCCAAGCGAUGUAUUCCCUGGUCCCAUGCCAUUUCUUAGAUCAGGGGUACCAGGACCUCAGUUAAUACCACCUCCACCGCCAAAACCCCAACCUGUUAUAUUGUCAGCGGCUCCCAAAUUAUAUAAACAGCCAAAAGAUGAUGAAGCAAAGAAAGAAAAACAUGAGAGUAAAAAACGGAAACGUGAACGUCAACCGACUCCACCGAGGCAAGAAACUGAGGUAAUAGAGCCUCCGCCCCCCGCGCCCGCGCCGCCGCCUGCGCCCGUCAUACCUGAGACAGUACCUAAAGUGAAGAAGGAAAAGAAACAUCGGAAGGUGGUUAGGACUGCAGGAGGGCAAGUGUGGGAAGAUGUGACUUUGCUGGACUGGCCCGAUGAUGACUUCCGAAUGUUCUGCGGUGACUUGGGAAACGAUGUCACAGAUGAAUUACUUACGCGAACUUUUGGUAAAUACACGUCAUUUCAACGAGCUAAAGUGAUUAGAGACAAGAGAACGAACAAAAGCAAAGGUUUCGGCUUUGUGAGCUUCAAAGACCCUGGAGAUUUUAUUAAAGCUAUGAAAGAAAUGGAUGGUCGCUACGUGGGAAGUCGUCCGAUCAAGCUGCGUAAGAGUACUUGGAAAAAUCGCGCUUUAGACGUGGUGAGGAAGAAGGAGAAAGAGAAGGCCGCUCUUCUCUCACUUCUCAUGUCCGGCAACAAGAGC